AAGCCAUUUACAGCUUCAGAUUCAGGGGAUCAAAGUCAUCUCCAUGCACUAGUCAUCUCCGUCAAUGUCUCUUGCAGUCCAUGCCACGUGAGUUGCGUGUGGACUAUGCUGGGAACUCCUUCCGAUGGUUCGACACGGACGAGAUGCUUCGGGUGCACGGGGCAGACUUGUCCAAUUUCUUGGCCAAAAGCAUCGAGGAGCACUUCAAGGUGCCUUUGCACUUUCAAGUGCUUUGCGACAUUGAAGGCCCCUUGACCUCCGGCGAUUUCCAGCGACUGCUGCAGAACGAGGCCCCAAAGCUGUGGCUCUUCGACGCACGUUACAUGCCAGAGGACCUGCGGAAGCAAUGCGAAGAACGCACAAGGCUUGCAAGGCCCAGCGGCUGUUUGCCGAACGGAGCCAAGCUGGAGACUCUGGUGGAAGAGAAGAGUGAUACACAAGCGGAGCUGAGCAGUUUGUCUGAACGGGAGAAGCAGGUGGCCCAGUUGUUGUCGGAGCGCGAAGCGGAGAUUCAGCAGCUGCAGAGAGAGCUGAACUCCUGGCCAUUGACUCCGGUGGAUGAGGACGAAACCUCCCUACAGAUGUUGGAGGCGGAGGAAGCGAUGCUCGUCCAGUCGGUGCAGGAGGCGCUGGCGCGGAUUUCAGCUCAUCGAACGCCCACUCUGCGAAGCAGCACGGGUGUCAGUGUACAAAGGACAUUCUGCAGUGAGACGGAGCUGACCACUGCCUCGCCCUUCAGCCUCCGUGAGAAGCCGCGCUCCUCGGGGCCGUUGCCACCGCUGGAGAGUGAUGGCUGCCGAGUGUGUGGAUCCGAUGACAAGGAGCGCUCUGCGCGUCACACGCUCCGGCAGCAGCUCGCCGCCGCAGAGGAAGCCCACACGACGCAGGAGCUCCGUGUGACGGAGUGGCAGACUCGGGCGAAGUCGGCAGACGCCGCCUUGCUGGAGGAGCAGACGGAGUUCGCCCAUGCUCAGCUCCAGUGGAAGCUGGAGAUGGAUCUGGCCAUGCGCGACAAAGACCUCGCACAUGUCCAGGAGCUCCGUGAGAUCCAGAGUCGGAUCCACCAGUCCGAGUUGCGACACCAGGCGGAGGUGUUGACCUUGCGGCAUCGGGUCGCCAACUGCGCCGAGCAGGAGGAAUGGCAACAGAUGGAGCUCUUGCUGCUCAAGACCCAGCAGAAGCGCUCAGAACGAGCUCAAGAGCAAGAGCUUCAGGAGUUGUUGUCCUCCGUGGAGCUGGAGCGGCUCACGGGUGAACAGCGUGCCAGUGAGCUGAGCUCCAAAACCCGCCAGGAGAAAGACCUGGCUGCACGCUUGGCGGGAUGUGGUCUUGAGAUUUUAGCCUUGGAGAAUGCCAUCGAGGCUCAGAGACACAACCCCAGGCCAGAGGAUUUGAGGAAGGCAGAAGAGGAGUCUUCGCGACUGGCCUCGGAGCUUCAGCAAGAGGCAGAAAUGCUCCGGCGGGAAGAGUUGGCGCAACAGGUGCAGUUGGCGGAAAUGACACGGCUGCAUCAAAGAGAAGAGGAGCAAAGCCGCGCAGCGGCCGAGGCCAGAGCUCGAGAGGAAACCCUCGAGCUACAGCUACAGCAGCUGGAAAGCCAACUGGAGGCAGCGUUGAAGGCGCCCGCGCCAGAGCUGCCAAAGGUGGAAGAAAGGAAAUCCGUGUCUGUGCUGCAGAUUGACUAUCAGGCCCAGUUCUUAAAACAACCAUUCCAUUGGCGUUUUCAAGGACUGUUGGCCUGUUCUGCGGCGGUGUGGCUGGACCAAUGACCAUGGGAACAUUCAGCAAGUGAAGGAUCCGCUACCCACGAUCAAAAUAGAUCAUAUAUACCUAGACAGUCACGACGUUUGCUUUUGGUAAGCAGUGUGACCAUAUUUUGGGUGGCUGGUGAUCCAAAAUGGAGGUUACUCAGGCUCUACCGUACAAAGAUACUGUGUACAUGAACACUGGAGCUUAAGGUGGCAGAAUUGCCAAGGAUGCAGAUGGUUCUGAACCAAUGCUGUGUUCACUGACGUUCUGAUGUUCAUCUUCGAUCGUCACAUGAGGAUCCCUUUUACUACAGAAAACACAUUUCUUUUCGCAACACCUGGGAACCUGAACAACACUCUGAGCAUGGUACAUGUCGUGGCCUCAUUGCUCAAAGAGAGUCGAGACCCGUAGAGUGGGUGAAACCGCCAACGUGGCAAAACAGGAGAGGUUGGGUGUCUGGCUGAUGUGGACAGUCCACACCGGUCCAACGGUCCAUUCUGUGCCGUCUUUGAGCACCCUGAAAGACAUAUUUGUGUUUAAUAGCCCAUAUUCAACACAUAUGAGGUGUUUAAUAGCACAUUGAGGUGUUUAACUCACUAUGUGUGUUGAAUUGACUUUCAGUGACUUCAGCCACCGGCCGUUGGUGCCGUUGCUGUGACGUUCGCUUCCACCACCAGCGCGUCACAUGACUCGUCGUGGCGCGUCGAUUGGGAGGAACCGUUGCGCCAGCGCAAUGAGCAAUGAACAAUUGGUGCGGAGCAUCCAACUUAGUAGAUUUCUGCUAAGAGUUCUUUUGACAUGAGUGUGCUGUUUUGGCCCUUUGUUCGGAGGCAAGUUGAAAUACGUGAGGCAAUGGAAUGCAACGGAGACCUUCAGGGGGAGGAUUCGCGUCGCAGAAUACGCAAAUUGCGGUAGACGCAAAGCGGGGUAAGCAAACGAUCAACUGUCCCAGAGAUGCUUGGGACAAUCUCUUGCUCCGGGCAGCGCUCGUGGACCUGGUGAGCGCUCAAUAGGAGACCAACACACGGUCCGGCCCACGAACCCCAAGGUCCACGGUUUGACCGUGCCGUACCUAUGGCUUUUUGGCAUACCGGGUUGCCAUUUGGAGCUUUUCUUUUUAUUCUCCUGGAGGUUGGAAUCUUAAGUUGGUAGUUUGGGAACCAAGUUCGCCAAGAACUGUGGACUCUUUGCCCUUUCUAUUCCUGGUUGUACUGCUGCUUUGAGUCCCGCCCUAAUCCACCAAGGAUUACAUCUCAACAGCAGAUGAUGAGCUUGACAAGGCCUUGGAGAAAGAGAUCUUUGAGUUGGGUCCGGGUGUGCUUAAGGGGCUUUCUUUAGAGAGGACUGGCCCCAAGAGAUACAAGUUCAGGGAACAGAAAGUCUAUAUGCAGCUCACGGACUCCAAGGUCACCGUGCGCGUGGGGGUGAAUUACAUCCCACUGGCCCAGUGGACGAAGGAGCUUUUCACCAACGCGGAGGAUCCCUUCAGUACCUUAGACGCCCAGUCGCCUUUUGCCAACGUGCGCUGAGACCAUGCGCGAGUGGAAAAGGGCC